GGGGCCCUAACUUAUAAAGGCUAAGGUCUCGCCCUCUUCGCCCUCCCUCAUAUAGGCCCUGUCUAUAUGGUUGGUUGUUUCAAUUUUGCUGUCUUCACAAUAUUUUUUCCGCCUCAUAUUCUUCUUGAUAAAUACUCCUUCAUCCUGCUCUAAAACUCAGAAAACUCAUUCUCAUACUCAUACACAGCAACAUAAACCGUCAUCCACCAUGGAUUCAACCUCCUCCACCAUAGACGAUGAAAUAGCCAUGGAUCUAACCCCACUCCUUAAACUAUACAAAAACGGUCGUAUUGAAAGACUAAUAGGUGAAGAGGUUGUUCCACCAUCCCUUGAUCCAACAACAAACGUUGAAUCAAAAGACGUUAUAAUCUCCAAAGAACAUGACAUAUCAGCCAGAAUUUUCAUUCACAAAAACAAUUACCCACCAACCCAAAAACUCCCUGUCCUUGUUUACUUCCACGGUGGUGUUUUCUGUAUCAAAACCGCUUUCUCCCCGAAUUACCAUAACUAUCUUAACUCUGUUACUUCACUUGCUAAUGUUAUUGGUGUCUCUGUUAACUACAGAAGAGCACCAGAACACCCUGUUCCCAUUGCUUAUGAAGAUUCAUGGCUUGCACUCAAAUGGAUCGCUUCACAUGUUAAUGGAAAUGGCUCUGAUGAAUGGCUGAAUCAAUAUGCAGAUCUUGAGAAAGUGUUCUUAGGAGGUGAUAGUGCUGGUGCUAAUAUUUCACACUAUUUGGGUCUUCGGGUCGUGAAAGAAAAAUUGGAUGGUGUGAAUCUUCAAGGGCUUGUUUAUGUUCAUCCUUAUUUUUGGGGUGUGGAUCCAAUUGGGUCAGAAUCAGAUCGGGCUGAACGUGUAAAAAUGAUUCAUAAUUUAUGGCGUUUUGCAUGUCCAACCACGAGUGGAUCCGAUGACCCGUUAAUUAACCCGGCCAAGGAUCCGAAUUUGGGGAGUUUGGGUUGUAAGAAAGUUCUUGUUUGUGUUGCUGAGAAAGAUUUGUUUAAGGAUAGGGGUUGGUAUUAUAAAGAGUUGCUUGAAAAAACUUGUUGGGAUGGUGUUGUGGAAGUUGUUGAAACAGAGGAUGAGGAUCAUGUGUUUCAUAUGUUCAAUCCAUCAUGUGAGAAAGCUAAGGUUUUGCUUAAUCAAGUUGUCUCCUUCAUCAAAAGUGCUUGAAAAAAUCAUGGUAUAAGUGGAAUAUAUAGUGUAUUAUGUGUUCCGUUAUUUUGUUUUCUAUUAUAUGCUUUUUAAUUUGUUAUGUUGUUCUUCAUGUUGGUUUUAUGUAUUCCUUCUUCAGGCUGCUUGUAUUCUGCUAGUAGUAAUAUGUCUUAUUUUAACUAA